AUGGCCGAGCCAGUUGGCCGCGCGAGCCUGGUGGCCUGCCAGCUGACCUUGGCGGCGGCGGCGGCGCGCCCCGGCGAGACCGUCACCGCGCUGCUGCAGGUCUCCUGCUCGCAGCCCGAGGCCGUAGAGCUGCAGGAGGUGGAGAUUGAGUUCAGCGGCAUCGAGCGGAUAGACACGUCCUGGGUGCAGCCAGCGUACCGGCGCGCCACGCCACCCAUCAAUGCCGACAAGCGCAAGGUGCAGCGGCAUGUGGUGCAGUCAAGGCUGCAGGCAGCCACCCAGGGCACGUUCAGCGACCUCAGCCUGCGGCGGUUUGUGGUCAGGUUCACGCUGCCAGCCUGGCUGCCGCCCACCUUCCGCGGCACUGCUGUGCGGUACCUGUACUAUCUGGAAGCGAUAGUGAAGUACCGUGCCGCUCGCGGCCAGCAGCAGCAGCAGGAGGGUGUGGGAGGCAGCAGCAGCAAGAGCAACGGCGUGGGAGGCCAGGCCGGAGCAGCAUCGGCGGCAGCGUCGGUAGCAGGCUCGGCCAGCAGCGGAGUGGCCACCCGCAUCCCGCUGCACAUCUGGCCCGCGAAGGCGGACUCGGCAGGCGCAGCGGAGCGCAGCCCUGCGCUGCUGGGGGGCUCGCUGCCGCCCCCGGCUCUACAGUCUGAAGACAUGCCCAUAAAGUGCUGGGAGAUUGGCCCUGGCACAGCGGUGCAGGAUGCGGUGGCUCACAUUGUCAAGCUGGCCAGCCAGCCGCAGCAGGCCAGCCGCCCGCACAGCCCAGGCGGGCGGCUGGCGCGUGGCAGCGGCGCCGGCAGCUCUGCGGGCGGGGAUGACAGCAGGAGCGAGAUCAGCCACGACGCGCAGGAAGGGGAGGCAGUGGCCGAGGAGGGAGACGUGGCGCCCGGCGGCGGCGGCGGCAGCGGGCUGGCCGUGGCGGCCACGCCGGUGACAGCAGUGGCAGCGCCGCCCAUGCCGCCCAGGCUGCCGCCAGAGCAGCUGGCAGUGGCGGCGGCGACCGCGCAGCAGCAGCUGCCGCCGCAGGGCACGCCUGCAUCCAGCGGUGCCAGCACGCCCCACAGCCGCCUGCCCGCGCGGCGGCCGCCGCUGUCACGGUCCAGCCUGGAUCAGUCUGCCUCGCUGGCGCUGCCCCGGUCCCCCUCCCAGCUGCUAGACAGCGGCUCCACGCUGCGCAGCUACGCACUCAGGAUAGGGGACCAGCCGCUGGUGCGUGUCAGCCUGCACCCGCCCCUGGAGGGAAGCCUGCAGCCCGGCUCCACCCUGGCUGGCACGCUGGAUUUCAGCCCGCAGCCGCCUCCGCAGCCGCCGGCAGCAGCCGCGCCAGCCGCCGACGGCGAGGCCGGCGCGGCGCCGCCAGCGCCUGCGGCGGCGGCGGUUGCUGGUGGGCCCAGCCCUUGCUGCAUCCAGGUGCUCAUCCUUCUGGAGACGGAGGAGAUUGUGGAGGCGCCGUGGCGGCGGCAGGUGCAGGGCGGCGGCGCGGGCGCCAUCCGCCGCGUGUACGACGAGCAGCUGGAGGUGACGGCCGACACCUCGUGCACGCACUUCCUCUUCACCAUCCCCCCAGACGCCGCCGCCAGCUUCCAGACGCCGCUGGUGCAGCUGCGCUGGCUGCUGCGUUUCCAGUUCACGGCCAUCAUGCCGCCGCCGCGCGGCGGCGCGGCUGCGGCCGCACCCGGCGCCGCCGCUCCGGCCGAGCCGCCGCCGCCGGCCUCCCCCGACUGGAGCCCGCUGCAGGGGCGGCUGGAGCAGCUGACCUGGGCGCUGCCCGUCACGGUGCUGCCGCCCACAUCGUGA